CAGCGGCCAGCAUCAGUACGCCAUGAGAUGGCUCUACGCUUUGCUCCCUGUAGCCUGGCUUCAAGGUGUGGCGUGCUCGAGAGUCUGGCGCGUCGUUGUUGAUAAAGGCUCUGCUCCCACGGUGCCACCGAUACAUCCCGGCAGCGACGAUGACGAGUACUACCUCGAGGACACGGGCGAGAAGGAGUACUACUACUACGAUCAGGACGAAUACUACGAAUACUUCCAGGACAGGAAGCCCAUUGCAUCUUUGCGGAACCGUAGAUUAGAAAAGGCCAUCAGAAAACUGCGACGCUUGGCUCAAGCAGCGCCCGUACAAGGAUGCAACGAAACGGAACUUGUAAAUGCAAGAAAUUUGUGCGAGAGAAAAAUAACCUUGGCCAAAAAGAUCCGCAGCAGAGGACCACCUAACAAGAAAAUGCGGCCUCUCCAUCGGCGAAGAGUUUGCAGGUUAGUGACCGAGUACGCUGAUUGCCUAUCAGCCAUAGCGCCCAACGGGGAAUGCCCGGACGUUGCUUUCAAACUGAAGACGGAUGGUCAGCGGAGUAUCUACAUUGAGGGAUUCCAAGUGUGCUGCUCCUCGGUCACUGAGCCUAUAGCUUGGCUCUUCUUGGCAACAGCUUGCAUCUACAUCCGAAGGCUGUGGUCACAUUAAAAGCC